UGUACAGGAAAUGUAACAGGAAGACUUGAAAAUAGUUUCAUGCAAACGGUUGUGCACAUAAUUUCACAGCAAUCAACUGAUGACAGGAAUGGAAAGGAUGUCUCCAUUGCCACUUGCCUCACUCUGCAUCAGUCUAGCAGCCAUAGUGUCACUUUCUAUGACUUUCACCAUUGAUGUCAACAAUACCGAACGCUUCAGGAAGAACACAAAUGAAACAGGAUACUUUGGAUACAGAGCUCUGCAAUAUAUGAAUGGGACGGAGAAAUGGAUUAUUGCCAGUGCACCAAUGUUUCGAAAUGGGACUGGAAGAAUCUACAAGUGUUCUCCAACCAACACAAGCUGUGAACCAUUUCACAUGGAAGAAAUGAACACCACCAAAUCAACUGGAAUAGCUCUGGAUAUCCGCUCCACUUCCCCUACGCGGAUCACCACUUGCAGCCCAAGUUUGUUUCAUGAAUGUGACAGCAACUCAUACCUAAAUGGCAUCUGCUAUCACUCCACUGAUAAUUUCAACUUUGGGGGUAGCUUCAAAACAGCAUAUCAAGAAUGCACUAAGAGGAAAGUGGACCUUGCCUUCCUGUUUGAUGGGUCAGAAAGCCUGAAAGCAGACGAUUUUAAGAAGAACAAAGACUUCAUUGCUGACAUCAUGAAGACACUUUCAAAUACCUCUAUACAGUUUGCAGCAAUGCAGUUUUCGAAGACGUCCCGCACUGUUUUCACCUUUAAAGACUACCAGGAAAAGAAGGCAUUCGAUCUCUUAGAAAAGGAACAACACAUGAAGGACCUCACCAACACAUAUGGUGCAAUGAACAAUGUUCUAGAAAAAAUUUUGAACAACACAACAGCUGGUGCCAUUCCAGAUGCUACAAAGGUUCUAGUAAUCAUCACAGAUGGAAAUCCAUCUGACAAGGAUUGGAAAAAUGUUGUCAAAACUAUGGAUGACAGGAAUAUCACCCGUUAUGUUAUUGGGGUUGGGAAUGUCGCCCGGGAGACACUGACAGCCCUGUCAUCACAUCUCCCAAACAAGAAUACUACCUUCCCCAUAAAUGACUACAAUGGACUGAAGGGAAUCUUGGAUAGUCUACAGAAACAGAUCUACAACAUUGAAGGUACUCAGAAUGAACGUGGCAGGAAAUUCAAACAUGAGAUGUCUCAGAGUGGAUUCAGUGCAGUCUACUUGAAGGACACGCUGAUUUUGGGAUCAGUUGGUUCCUACAAUUGGAAAGGGUCCCUAAUUGAAGUUGCUAACGAGUCAGAUUACAAUGAAAUUGUGGAUGAUAAAAUGGAGGAAGACUCAUAUAUGGGGUAUUCUGUGGCAGUUGGAAAGAAAGCUAACAAGUCUCUAUAUUUUUCUGGAGCACCAAGGUUCCAGCAUAUGGGACAAGUUUCGCUUUUCCUCAAAGCCAACGAACAUUGGGAAGUGAAACAGAGGGAAUAUGGGUCACAGAUUGGUGAAUAUUUUGGUGCAGAGUUGUGUGCCGUUGACAUUGACUCAGAUGAUGAAACCGAUUUCAUCCUUGUGGGUGCACCACUGUAUCAUGAAUCACACAGAGAAGGAAGGAUGUUUGUCUACCAACUAACUAGAGAGCUUACGAUGCAGGAAAAGGCAAGUAUUACAGUGGCAUCUCAGGGCCGAUUUGCUUCUUCCAUCUCCUCACUCGAAGAUUUGAAUGGAGAUGGUCUGAGGGAUGUGGCUGUGGGGGCCCCGCUGGAGGGUGACCAGAAGGGGGCGGUGUAUAUUUAUUUGGGAGAUAGGCAGAAGGGCAUACGACUUGAAUAUUGCCAGCGUAUAGCAGCCCAGGAAGUGUCAUCUGGACUGAGGUUCUUUGGACAAUCAAUUGAUGGUAGGAUGGACUUGGAAAAAGAUGGACUGACAGACAUCAUAGUGGGAGCAUAUGAAGAGGUUGUACUAUUUAGGUCCAGGCCAGUUGUCAAUGUCUCUGCCCAACUUUACUUCAGCAAACCACAAAUCAGUACUGACAGAUUUAUCUGUCAGGAGAAGGAGAACAUCUUAACUGUUGGCGAAUUAGCAGUCUGCUUUGUGGUGAAAAAUGCAUUGAAUAAUGCUACAGGGUCAACAGAUCUAGGGCUGACUGUGUCCUACCAGCUUGACCUAGACAGUGUGAGACAAAAGAGUCGAGCCUUUCUGAAGUUCAGCGACAAAGGGAGCAGGAAAAAUCACUCUUCCCUGGAGCUGAAGCUAGGGCAGACCUGCCUCAACUACUCUCUCUACAUGCCAGACUGUGUGAAAGACACUGUGUCACCCAUGACCAUUAAACUCAACUUUUCCCAAUCUGACAGCCCUCAACACAUUCACAAUACUGUUCUCAACAUUGACAGCAAAAAUGUAACUCUGAUUGAGGUUCCAUUCGAAAAGAACUGUAAAGGGAAUGAGACCUGUAUCUCUCAGCUGGAGCUGGAGCUGGACGUUAAUUCCACGACUUCCACUCUGCUAGUGGUUGACCAAGACUAUUUCAGUGUGACAGGGAAGUUGUUCAAUCAUGGGGAUGACUCCUAUAAUACCAGCAUCACCUUCCGCUACCCUCCUGGGCUAUCCUUUUCCAAGAUGGAAGUUAAAGAGGCCACCAGGAGGACACUCAUCAGCUGUACUGGCCUGGAAGGCCAAAAUGAGACUUUCUGCACUGUGAGCCUUCCUGUCUACCCCAGCAAAGCAUAUGCACUUUUUUGCAGUUCAUUCCUGAUAUCUGAUCGGUUUAACUGGAGUGACUCAAUGGAGAUCGUCAUCGUAGCCCACAGUGACAAUGGGAACUCCACUGUCAGAAAAAUCUCUCUCCCAGUGCAGUUUGCUGUUGAUCUUGCUGUCAAAGGCCAAGAUGAAGCCUCUGUCACAUACUUAAAUUUCUCGCUGGAGGACACAGAGCCCAAAACAUUGAAGCAUGUAUUUGAGGUGAAGAAUCUGGGCUUCAAAUCCUUGCCUGUGACAGUCAACUUCAUCUUUCCCACACAACUUGAAUAUAACUUUAUCAUGGAAAACAUUAUAACAUCUGUUUCAGAGAACCUAACAAUGUGUGGAAAAAUUUCUGAUCAAAAAACACAGGACUGCUCCAAAGAACACUGCAAGAUAAUUGAAUGUAAUAAAUUUCCAUUGAGACAACGUUCAUCUGUUCUUUUCAAUCUGUCUUGGAGGGUAUCUUUCGUCAAUAAGACACUUAUUCCCAGAAAACCUUUUUCUUUUGAAAGUUUGGAAGUGCAAUUCUCAAGCUGGGUAAAUCUCAGCUAUGACAAAAACCGAUAUGUUCAAACUGUAAGCACCUCCGAGGACCAAGAUCCUACAAAAUUCCACAAAGCAAAGAUUGACUGCCGAGUUGAAUUAAUAAUUCCACCCAACAAAAUUGUGAUCUGUGGGGUAGGAGCUGGAGGAGGAUUUUUAGUGCUGGCCAUCAUUUUUGCGAUCCUGUGGAGGCUUGGGUUCUUCAAGAGAAAGAGGCCUCCUUCACUUUCAGCAAAUGAUGAAAUGAAUGCAGACUCCAUGGUGCUAUUCAAUAGUGAAGAUGAAAAAGAAAAUCAAAUGAAGGAUGCCUCAGAAGAAGAUCCAUCCUGUGAUACUAAGGCAGAUUACUCAGCCAUUUAAUAAUUUAGUCAAUAGGAAAGGCAAAGAGAGGGAAAAGUAUCAAUAAUGCCUUUUUAUGUCAAUUUGUUUUGUUUUUUUACUGGAAAGUGCAAAUAAUUACCAACAUUUGUUGAAACUUACGCAUUCUUUAUUGUACAUCCUUAGAUGUUUAUUACACAAGCAGAAUUGCAGUUGCAAGAAUAUGUUAUAACAAUGCUAAUUUCAUUAGUUUGCUUGUUAAAGGUGCAGUGUGUAGAAUUUAGUGGCAUCUAGUGGAACGGACUUGGCAAAAAUGGAAUAUAAUAUUCA